AUGUCUGGAGAAGGAGAAGAAGAUGUACCUAGAGAUGCUAAGAUUGUGAAAUCUCUGCUUAAGUCGAUGGGUGUUGAGGAUUACGAGCCUCGUGUGAUACAUCAGUUUCUCGAGUUAUGGUAUCGAUAUGUGGUUGAAGUGUUGACUGAUGCUCAGGUUUACUCAGAACAUGCUAGUAAAUCAACCAUUGAUUGUGAUGAUGUGAAGCUCGCUAUUCAAUCCAAAGUUAAUUUCAGCUUCUCACAGCCACCUCCAAGAGAGGUACUGCUAGAACUUGCUGCAAGCAGGAACAAAAUCCCUUUGCCGAAAUCGAUAUCAGGACCCGGUGUUCCUCUUCCCCCUGAACAUGAUACAUUGCUUAGCCCAAACUACCAGCUCGUUAUACCAAAGAAGUCAGCUUCAACAGAACCCGAAGAAACCGAAGACGAUGAAGAAAUGACUGAUCCUGGACAGUCAUCUCAGGAACAGCAGCAACCACAGCAACUACUAGCAUUAGAGCUUCCAGACCAAACUCCUCAAAGAGUUUCUUUCCCUCUUUCUAGACGACCCAAAUAA